AUGCGCAUAAAUGUCACACUACCGCUCAAGUGGGCACAAUGGUGGGUCUAUAUACUUUCGAUUGCGAUGGUUAAUUUGGUGAUUAUUCUUCCCUUAUCUGGCCUUCUAUUUCAUGACUUUUACACGAGGUUAAUUCCUCCAGACACUGUCCAAAAAAUUCCCUUCUCUAUUGGGAGUAAAACAUCACAACUCGUUGAUGGGAACACUAUAUUCAGGUUUCGGCUAAAACGACUAUCCAGCGAAACUGCAAUUCUACCGCAAGUCAUUGACAAUGGCUUAACACAGGAUGUUUCAUUGAGAUCGGAUAUACCUUACAAUUUUGAUUUAAAAUUAAACAUAUUUUGUUUGAAUACAAGUCCUGGUCUCAACAUAAAAGAGGGAACUAUAACUGUUUCCGCAAGCUCCAAGAAAAAUUGGAUGGACUCUGUGAUUUUUCAGAAGACGGUUCUCCUCAGUUGCGCAAACACAAAUGAUAUUAUCGCCUUAGGAGAAGCUGGCAGCUUGUCAUCUACAUUUAGCCAACGUGUUCAGAAAGAAUUAGUCAAUUCCUUCUUUUGGGAAGAUUAUGUUUUGGAUCAUGAUGUACAAAAUGUUGUCGUAUCGUUGAAGUUUGCAGAAGGUUCGUAUUUCAUCGUCGAUGCAGAAUCAUCUGAGCUGAAAUUUUCUAUGAAUCUGAAUCACAGCUUGAGAAAUCUCAUGUUAAGGUGGAAGAAACUUACCCACGUGGUUGGCAUACUUGUUUUUAACCUAGUUGUGCUCUUUUUUUUCGUUGUGGGCUUUUUGAUCAGCUUUAUGAGGGUAGGAAAUGUACCACAAGCUGCGAAGAAAUCUGCAUGA